GUUGCAUAUAGAAAGUUCUUUUGAAAUACGACGAAAAUAUGCGAUACCAAAUAUUUUUUGUAGGUUUAAUAUUUAUAAUCUUCAUACCAUAUCAAUCUGAAGCCAAUAAUAAAUGUUUCACGGCAAAAACUUGUUUACAUAAUGCAAAAGAAAUUUGUGGUGAAGAUCAUAAUCAGGGUACACGUCGAUUUUUUGAUACAUGUGAUAUGAAGGAAUACAAUUGCUUACAGGGAACAAGUUAUGUUAAAGUAUCACUCGGACACUGUCGAAAUUUGCCUCCAAUUGAAGAAAAGAAGUCAACAGAAAAAAAAUUACAAAAAAAUAAAGAAAUGCCUAACGACGACCAAGAUGCAGAAAAAUCAUUACAAAUAGACGAAGAAAACUCCAAACAGGAGCAAGAUGCAGAAAACUCAUUAGAAAUACACGAAGAAAACUCAAGACAGGAGCAAGAUGAAGAGAAAACAACAGAAAAAUAUGAAGACAACUCUAAGCAGGAGAAAGAAGCAGAAGAAUCAUUACAAAUACAUGAAGCAAAUUCCAAUCAGGAGCAAGAUACAGAAAAAUCAUUACAUAUACAAGAAGAAAGUUCUAAACAGGAACAAGAUGCAGAAUCGACUAUAGGUGAAGCUCAAGAUGCAGCAAAACUUAAAGCAGAAGACGUAAAAAUGGAUAAUAAAACAGAAUAA